UAUUUCUAGGGAAAAUGCAUUGGUGACGUUCAACUUGCUGCUACUGUCUCCACCACAAUGAAUUAAAUUUCAUUUAAGAAAACAUCAAAACUCUUUCUUUCUAAUAUUUUGAAUAAUAUCCAGCACAAAAAUGACUUCAGCAAAAUUUCGUGAAGAAUUUGACAAAUAUGACCCCAUUGAUGUAGAAGGCGUAGUUAUUGAGCACAAAAAAUGGAUUGCUGAACGCAUGCGACGACAUCGUAGUACAAUGUGGAUUAAUCUUGCAUCACUUUGUUUGAGCUUAUUGCUUAUUAUAAGCACUUUUAUACCACUCCGCAACUUGUUAUCAACCAUGUACCCUGAAAAUGGACUUGGCUACUUUUCUCUUUGUUGUAUUUAUGCAAGUUAUGUCAUAGGAUGUUAUGCAUUAUCUGCAAUUGCUCAUUACAUUCAUCCAAAAGGAGCAAUUGUUCUUGCCAUUAUUGGACAUUCUAUUUUUGCAGGAUCACAUCUUUACCCAUCAUUUGAAACCUUAAUUCCAGCUUCUUGCAUUCUUGGUCUUUGUCAAGCUGUUCUUUGGCGAUCACAAGAACUUCUAUGUACCAGUUAUGCUGCCAACUUUGCAGCUUUAUCAGGAAUAAAUGUCAGCGAUGUUUUAAAACGUUUCCAUAUGGCACUUAUACUAAGUGUUCAGUUGGCACAAAUAAUGGGUAAUUCUUUGGUUUCCUUUAUCUUCUUUCAGCAUCAUACUUUAAAUAAAGCUCAUUUCACUGAAAGAAUCAACUCAACUUUAACAUUUUCAUCUGAUGAAGCUGCAAUUAUUGGUUCAUCAAAUCGUGCUGUACGAGACAUUUCUUAUAUUCCAUCUGAGCCAUUGUCAGUUCAACAUUUUCAUUCACCAUUUGCUCAUGACCAUCCAUUUGCUGCUAUGAAUGUUGAUUACUGCCCAAAAGAGCCAUUAAGUAUAGUUAAUACAUAUGCUGGUGAAUUUCAUACAGUAAAAAUUGUGUUUUUAUCUUUUACAAUUGCUGCACUGGUUAUGGUCUCAGUUUUUCUCCAUAAACCAGAUAUUUUGGUUCAAAAAAGAAAUCUAGAAUUUAAACAUCAGUUGCAUGAAAUUUUUCAUGUUUGGGUUGAAAAAAGGUGGCUUCUCACAACUGGUGUAGUAUUUUAUUCUGGGAUUCAACAAGCUCUUAUUGUUGGAGAACUAACAAAGAUAACCAGCAUAUGUAGUCUAGGAGUUCCUUAUUUAGGAUUCUUGAUGGUGACAUUUGGACUGGGCAGUUUUUUUGCAGACACAAUCAGUAGCCGAAUUCAAAAAGUUGGAGGUCGAAUAUUAACUGGAAUUGCUGGUAAGCAUUUU